CCAGUGUGAGGGGGAGGCAGAUCCACGGAUCCACAGCUCCACAGAGCAGCAGCAUGGAGACUGGUCUCUGACGCCGCCGUCGGACCGAACACACAUGCAGGAGUGCAUGAGGCAUGCGCACGCGGCUUCCUAUGGACACACACACACUGGCAGGGCACCAGAGAGGAAAUACAGCGAACCCCAGAGCUUGAGGAGCCAUGGAGAGCAGCAUGUUCUUUGGUAACGCAUGUCAAAACGGCCUGAUGCCCGCCCUGAUGCGCCCGUCUCUGCCUGCGAUCCAGACCUCACUGGGGUUGAAGCAGUUUCUCCCGAUUCCUUUGGAUACUCCCUCGGCAAUCAGGCUAUUCCCGAGACUCAACGCGAUGGACCCGGUGCAGAAAGCCAUCCUCCAUCACACCCACAGCCUCCCUCCCACCGCUAAGAGGAGGCACGUCUCCUGCAGUGUCUGCCAACUGAGGUUCAACUCGCAGAGCCAGGCCUUGGCCCACUACAAGGGCACCAAACAUGCCAAGAAGCUAAAAGCCCUGGAAACCCCGAAGAGUAAGCUCAAAGGCUCAGCGGUCACCAAGGAAACGGCCAGCCAGGAAAUCGCCAAGGGCAUCAACACCUCGCAGGUUCCCAACGGCACUGAUGGGAAAGAUGGCAUCUGUGGAGCAGCACUGUCUCCGGCCAUCAGUCUGCCCGAGCCCCCGGUGCUCCCGGUGCUCCUCCCCGCGCCGUCGCCGGCGGCUGCGUCCUCACUGCCGGCCCUGGAGAGCCCCCUGAGCGCCGAGGGGGACGAGGGGCCACCGAAGCUCGGCUCGCCCUCAGAACCAGAACCAGACCCGGAGCAGGAGCAGGAGCCAGAACCUGAGACGGAGGCCACCGCGGAGACGGAGGAGGAGAAAGCCCGCCGUCUCCUCUACUGCUCGCUCUGCAAAGUGGCCGUGAACUCCGCGUCGCAGCUGGAGGCGCACAACCUCGGUACCAAGCACAAGACGAUGCUCGAGGCUCGGACCGGCGUGGGCUGCAUCAAGUCCUUUCCUCGACCGGGAGUUAAAGGCAAAUUGCCCGCAGCCCCCAAAUCAACGACAGGCCUUCAGAACAAAACCUUUUACUGUGAGACAUGUGAUGUGCAUGUUAACUCAGAGACUCAACUAAAACAGCACAUCAGCAGCCGGCGUCACAAAGACCGAGCGGCAGGUAAACCGGCCAAACCCAAGUACAGCCCCUACAGCAAACCGCAGAAAGGCCAGAGCAAGCAGCCGGUAAAGCUGAUCCUGGGGAAGGAGCGCCCGGGUCAGGGUCAGGCUCUGACUGCUCAGAUCAUACCGGCUCACCUGGCAGCGGUGGCCGCCGCGGCCGCCGCCGCCCUCGGCAGCUCCUUCACGCACCGCACCAACCACUUAGCGAACCAGGCCCCGACCCCCGGCCUCUUCCAGACACAGACCCUCCCGUCGGCGCUGUUCCGCCACGCCCCCGGCCCGGUCAGGACCUCCCACCCGCCCGUCCUCUUUGCCCCGUACUGAACACGCUGCCUGCCUCAUGGACCAAACCAUGUGGAGAAGACGAGGCCUCCGUCGUCCUACUAUGCAUUCAGGAUACUGAACAUCUCCAUGCCGUGUUCGGACCCUCAGUUCCCCCUCGUCCUCACACGGAUUACCCGUUUCAGAAAAAGCAACGCACUGGGCCCUUUUCUUGUGCUGGAUUUGUUUUUUUUUUCUCCCUCUAAUCUCACUGGACUUACUUUUCUGCCCAAACCCCCAAACCUGGACUCACAUUGUACUGCAAUAAUGUAUAAGACUAACGGAAAUGAACUAUGCAGCGCCAUUGCAUCGUGAUUCGAGGCACAGUUUGAGCUGAAUAGCUGGUAGUGAUGUGCUUUUUGUAAAGCUUUCGCGUGUCACUAAGGUCAUCGCUUCUGUGAGGGGUUGUUGUCAUAAUUUAAAAAGGAAACUGACGAGAGCGCGAGUGGCCCUCCUCUGUUCCUGUAUGCACUUUAAGCUCCUUCUCCGUUGAUGUCCACACUAGAUGGCUAGACUGUGCUAGAUAUUAGUUAUUGUGACGUGCGUUUUUGUAUUCGUCCUUGCAUAUCGUAUGUGUGUACUUCUAGAUGUGGGGUGUUUGUGCGUGUGUGUGUGUGUGUGUGCGCGAGAGAGAGAGCUUUUCAUCCAUCAUAAGCCAUUCCUGUUGAUUCAUAUUGUCACUGACUUUGUCUUAGGCAGAGGGACCACCAAGGCUUGUCUGUGUUAAAUGUCGGUGAGAAAAAGGUGAACCGUUUCAAAUAAAAGAGCCCU